UGCGUGCGCGGCCCCGCGAGGCGCGUCUCCCUCGCGAGCUCGCGGUGAAAGGAUUUGGCGCCAGGCGGGUCCGGCUCCGCAGCUCCCGCAGCCGCACGAACCCCCCGCGCCUCCCGCCCGCACCCACCGCCCGCCGGGGCACUGACACACCGCACGCAGAGCCAGAGCCGCCCGUCUGUCCCUGCUCGCCGCCGCCCGCGCGCCGCCCAGGGACCGAGCCGCCAGUGCCGCCGCCGCCGCCAUGAGCUGCUCGCCCGUGAACGUGAAGAAGCUGAAGGUGUCGGAGCUGAAGGAGGAGCUGAAAAAGCGGCGCCUCUCCGACAAGGGCCUCAAGGCUGAGCUCAUGGAGCGGCUCCAGGCCGCGCUAGACCAGGAGGAGGCCGGCGGGGGCGGCCCCGCCAGCGGCGCGGCCGAGCCCGGCAACGGCAGCGUGGAGGGGGAGGCGGCCGAGAGCGGCGGGGGUGCCGCGCAGCUCCGCCAGGGGGGAGGCCCCGGCCAGGCCGCGGCCUCCGCCAUGGAGGACGACGACGAGGAAGGGCUGGAGGCCGCCGAUGGCGACGCCAUGGAGCUGGGCGAGGAGAACGGCGAGCGGGCAGAGGCCGGGGGCGGCCCCAUGGAGGAGGAGGCGGGCGGCGAGGAGGAGGAAGAGGAGGAGGAGGAGGAUGAGAACGGCGACGACCAGGGUUUCCAAGAGGGGGAGGACGAGUUGGCCGACGAGGAGGAGGCCGCGGCCGGAGACGCCAACGGCCACGGUGACCAGCAGCCGCCGCAGCCCCAGCAGCCGCAGCAGCCCCCUCCGCUCCUCCCGCCGCGCAGCGCCGCUGCCGCCAAGGAGGCUCCCGGCAAGAGCGCCGGGGGCGCCUCGGGGCCCGCCGCUGCUUCUGGCCCGGCGGGCCCCGCCAAGCAGCAGCAGCAGCAGCAGCAGAAGAAAGCGGAAGGCGGCGGCGGAGGCGGCCGCCCCGGGGCGCAGGGCGCCGGCGGAGAUGGUAAAACGGAGCAAAAGCCCGGUGAGAAGAAGAGGGGAGUAAAGAGACCACGUGAAGACCAUGGUCGGGGAUACUUUGAAUACAUUGAGGAAAACAAGUAUAGCAGGGCCAAGUCCCCUCAACCACCCGUUGAAGAAGAAGAUGAACAUUUUGAUGACACAGUGGUUUGUCUUGAUACUUAUAACUGUGACCUGCAUUUUAAAAUCUCAAGAGACCGGUUUAGUGCUUCCUCUCUGACCAUGGAAAGUUUUGCUUUCCUGUGGGCUGGAGGGAGAGCCUCCUAUGGAGUUUCUAAAGGCAAGGUCUGCUUUGAGAUGAAGGUUACAGAAAAGAUUCCUGUUAAACACCUGUAUACAAAAGAUAUUGACAUACAUGAAGUGCGAGUUGGCUGGUCACUGAACUCAAGUGGAAUGUUGCUUGGUGAAGAAGAAUUUUCUUACGGUUAUUCUCUAAAAGGAAUAAAGACAUGCAAUUGUGAGACUGAAGACUUUGGUGAGAAGUUUGAUGAAAAUGAUGUGAUUGGAUGUUUUGCUAAUUUUGAUGGUGAUGAAGUGGAACUCUCAUAUUCCAAGAAUGGACAAGAGCUUGGUGUUGCAUUCAAAAUAAGCAAGGAAGUUCUUGAUGGGCGACCACUCUUUCCACAUGUUCUCUGCCAUAACUGUGCGGUUGAGUUUAACUUUGGUCAGAAGGAGGAACCCUACUUCCCUGUACCUGAAGAGUACACCUUCAUCCAGAAGGUCCCCCUGGAGGAUAGGGUCCGAGGACCAAAGGGACCUGAGCAAAAGAAAGAUUGUGAAGUGGUGAUGAUGAUUGGCUUGCCAGGAGCUGGCAAGACUACAUGGGUUACUAAACAUGCAGCAGCAAAUCCUGGAAAAUACAAUAUUCUUGGGACAAAUACUAUUAUGGACAAAAUGAUGGUUGCAGGUUUUAAGCGUCAGAUGGCAGACACUGGAAAGCUUAACACACUGCUGCAGAGAGCUCCACAGUGUCUUGGAAAGUUCAUUGAGAUUGCAGCUCGUAAGAAGCGGAAUUUCAUUUUGGAUCAGACAAAUGUGUCUGCAGCUGCGCAGAGGAGAAAAAUGUGCCUGUUUGCAGGCUUCCAGCGCAAAGCAGUUGUUGUUUGCCCAAAAGAUGAAGACUACAAGCAAAGAACACAAAAGAAGGCAGAGGUGGAGGGAAAAGAUCUUCCAGAGCAUGCAGUUCUCAAAAUGAAAGGGAACUUCACACUGCCAGAGGUAGCAGAAUGUUUUGAUGAAAUAAUCUAUGUAGAGUUGCAAAAAGAAGAAGCUCAGAAGCUUUUGGAGCAGUAUAAAGAAGAAAGUAAGAAAGCUCUUCCGCCAGAAAAGAAACAGAACACUGGCUCAAAGAAGAACAAGAAGAGCAAUAAAAAUCAGUUUAAUAGGGGUCAGAGAGGACGUGGAGGAUUCAACAUGCGGGGCAACUUCAGAGGAGGAGUCCCUGGCAAUCGUGGUGGAUACAACAGGAGGGGAGGCAACAUGCCUCAGCGAGGUGGUGGAGGUGGCGGUGGUGGCGGUGGCAGCAGCGGAGCAAUUGGCUACCCCUAUCCUCGAGGCCCUGUCUUUCCAAGCAGAGGUGGCUACUCAAACAGAGGAAACUAUAACAGAGGUGGAAUGCCCAACAGGGGAAACUACAACCAGAACUUCAGAGGAAGGGGAAAUAAUCGUGGCUACAAAAACCAAUCUCAGGGCUACAACCAGUGGCAGCAGGGUCAAUUCUGGGGUCAGAAGCCAUGGAGUCAGCAUUAUCACCAAGGAUAUUAUUGAAUACCCAAAUAAAUGAACUGAUACAUAUUUCUCCAAAACCUUCACAAGAAGUCGACUGUUUUCUUUAGUAGGCUAACUUUUUAAACAUUCCACAAGAGGAAGUGCCUGCGGGUUCCUUUUUUAGAAGCUUUGUGGGUUGAUUUUUUCUUUUCUUUUUUUGUACAUUUUUAAUUGCAGUUUUAAAGUGAUUCGUAAGAGAACCUCAGCAUUGUGCACGAAAAGAGAAUGUGUCAGUAUUUCAGGGUUCUACAUUUUAUCUGUAAAAUGUGACUUUUUUUUUACCACAACAAAAGUAAAACGUUGCUUUGUACCUGGUGUCUUUUUAUUAAAGAAUUUUCUCCUUUUUCCCCAUCCCCCAAUUUCUAAGAAACAGUCGUGAGUCAUGUCACAAUGAUAGAAAUGUUAGCAACCAGAUUCGUAUGGAGGCAUCUUAGUAGCCCUCAAAUACUGAAAUUAUGUAAAGCUCCCUAUUACACUCCAUCCUCUCUAUGAAGCUCUUGGGUGGGGAGGGGAGGAGGGGGAGGCAAAAGUUUCUGGCAAUAACUAGGACUUUUUUGUAACAUUUGGAACUCAAUAAGAUGUUGGGGGCAAAGAGGAAACCUGGGGCUAAAUAGGGAUGGUGGAGUGUAUGUAGAAGCUCUUAAAGUUGUAAAACUCGGUUGCUUUAUUUGUGGAGGCUCAAACUUGUGAAGGUACAACACCAUGAUUUUUUUUUCCAUUUGUUCUGCAUUUUGAUUCUGAAAAGAAGCUGGCUUUGCCCAUUUCUUAUUAAACAAAACUUGUUGUAAA